AUGGGCUCAUCUAUAUACUUCUAUGACCCGUCUCUGACGGCGUCCAUCAUAUUCACCAUCCUUUAUAUCUUCCCAUUUAUUUACCACUUCCACCUGUCCGUGGUCGCUCCCUGGACCGGAAAAUCCAGCCGAGCAGGAUACUUCAUUCCCGUCAUGAUCGGUGCCGCAAUUGAAGUAGGAGCAUACGCCCUCCGAGCCGCCAGCGUCAAGAAACCAGAUAACAUCGGAUUAUAUGCGAUUUCAUCGACACUAAUUGUUAUUGCCCCCGUGCUUGUCUGUGCUAGCCUUUAUAUCUUGAUUGGUCGAUUGAUCCAAUCUACGGAGAAGGAACCGUUAUUGUUGUUCGGAAAGGUCUCCCCAGCCUGGAUCCCCCGGAUAUUCGUUACGUCGGAUAUUCUAAGCUUCCUCACGCAGGCAUCGGGGAGUGGAAUUGCGUCUUCAAAUAACUGGGAGGGAACUCAGAAGAAUAUCGGUGUUGGUGUUCUUAUUGGUGGGCUGGUUUUGCAGCUGGUGACUUUUGCGCUCUUCCUUCUUAUCGUCAUUUGGUUUGAUAUGAGGUCGAAACCGUCUUCACAAGGUAGCAGUAUGGAACGUGGGGUGAGAUUGGUCUUGAACGGGAUUUAUGUCGCGGGAUUCUUUAUCAUGGUCCGUCUGAUUUAUCGAGUCAUUGAAUUUUCCAUGGGCAUGAACACUUAUACUUGGACCCACGAAUGGCCGCUGUAUGUCCUCGAAGCAGCUCCAAUGUUUAUUGCCAUGGUGACUUUGGGAUGGUAUCAUCCUGCUCGGUGGAUUCCCUCGGGUCUUCGUGCAAAGAGGGAGACAAUCUCUUCCGAGGUAGAUAGCGAGCCAAUUGCGUUGCAUUAG